AUGGAGUCGAUUCAACGGUUUGUCGAUGGCAAAAUCGACUUUCAAGGGCAACGUCUUGCGGAUCGGAUCAUGCAGGAAGGUCUGGUCGCAGGCGCCAGCGUCGCCUUCCUUGCCGGGUACUUCACGCAAAACAUGCAGCUGUGCAUGCUCAUCUUUGCUGCCGCAACCGCCCUCGUAGCAAUCGUCACCGUGCCCGGUUGGGGAUGGUACAACAAACACAAGACAGAGUGGCUCCCCAACCGUCCUGCAGAGCCAGAGAAGUAA